AGUUAGAAGGUUAUCGAUUCUCUUUCUUCUCUCUCGUCUCUCUCUUGCAUCUCUUUUUCCUUGUAACUCUUCUUCUUCUCCAUUGUAAUUCCUGGACUUUUGUAAUCGAUUCUCCAUUAAUAAAACCCGGAAUUAGUUGAGUUUCCAUUACAUUUCUGUACAAAAGUUUAUCAGAAAGUUGAAGGGAUGGGUUGGUUGAUCAAUUCCCUUAUGCUUCCAUCAGGGCUGAAGCCCACCUUCUCACUCCCUCACCAGAAACAUCAACAGAGUUCUCGCGUAAUCUGCAGAAGAACAGUCAAACCCAAGAUCCAGAAAUCUUUUGUCCCUGUGGCGAGGUUAUUUGGGCCAGCUAUAUUUCAAGCUUCGAAGCUGAAGGUUCUAUUCCCGGGAGUGGAUGAGAAGCAGCAUCCAGGGAACCUUCCUAGAACUUACACACUCACUCAUAGCGAUAUAACCGCUAAGCUCACUCUUGCCAUCUCUCAAACCAUUAACAACUCCCAGUUACAGGGGUGGUAUAAUAGGCUCUAUAGGGAUGAAGUGGUUGCAGAGUGGAAGAAGAUGAAGGGAAAAAUGUCUCUCCAUGUUCACUGUCACAUAAGUGGAGGCCAUUUCCUGUUAGCUUUGUGUGCUGGGCUCAGAUACUUCAUCUUCUGCAAAGAACUCCCCGUGGUUUUGAAGGCCUUUGUUCAUGGGGAUGGAAACCUAUUCAACAGCUAUCCAGAAUUAGAAGAAUCUCAAGUUUGGGUAUACUUUCACUCCAACAUUCCAAAGUUCAACAAGGUGGAAUGCUGGGGUCCUCUCAGGGAGGCUGGAGCACCUUCUGAUGGGCCCAAUGGAUCCACCCAACUGGACAAAAGGCAGCAAGAAAAUCCAUCAAGCAACUGGGAAGUGCCAAAGCCAUGUGAAGAGGACUGCAGCUGCUGUUUUCCUCCAAUGAGUAUGAUGAUUCCUUGGCCACAUGAUGACCACCCAUCGGAGACCUAGGGGACGCACCAAAGCCUUGCAGGAAGAACAAAACUUUGGAAGGUCUGGUGGGACUCUCUGAUUGGUUUGUUUCCCAUCAAAAAGGUGUUGUAGGGAAAAAGUCAUCAAGAUUAAAUUUUUAAAAAUUGUUUUUAAGUUCUUGGUGGUGGCAGAAACCAGAAUUUGCUGCACAUAAUAUUCAUAGAUAGUGAUGGAGUAGUAUUUCGUGGUCCCUUCAUUUAGAUAUUUAAAGUUCUAUAUUGGGACUUCUACAAGGGGGAAAAAAGGGUUGAUUGUUGGG